AUGGCCUCCUCUACGGCCAUUACAGAGGGAAAGGACAGAAGAGCAAUGCCUUCAGCCUUAACAUUCGACCUUGAAUCCAAAUGCUCGACCACCAAAGCCCGCGCGAGUACGCUCCAUCUCCCCCAUGGACCCGUCAAACUCCCGAUUUUCAUGCCUGUUGCAACCCAAGCGUCGUUAAAAGGCCUGACACCAGACCAACUUGCACAAACAGGAUGCAAGCUUUGCUUGAAUAAUACAUAUCAUUUAGGACUUAAACCAGGUCAGACUGUACUAGAUGAGGUUGGGGGGGCUCAUAAGUUCCAGGGUUGGAAUGGUAAUAUUCUAACCGAUAGCGGUGGGUUCCAAAUGGUUUCUCUCUUGAAACUUGCGCAAGUAACAGAGGAAGGAGUACGGUUUUUAAGCCCACACGACGGGUCCCCAAUGCUACUUACGCCUGAACAUUCAAUAUCGCUACAAAACUCUAUAGGUUCGGAUAUUAUCAUGCAACUGGAUGAUGUUAUUGCUACAACAUCGCCGGAUCGCGCAAGGAUGCAGGAAGCCAUGGAGAGGUCAAUUCGCUGGCUGGAUAGAUGCAUUGACGCACAUAAGUAUCCUGAAAGACAAAAUCUUUUCUGCAUAAUCCAGGGAGGCCUUGACUUAGAAAUGCGCCGCCAGUGUUGCGAGGAGAUGGUUGCGAGAGACACUCCUGGAAUUGCAAUCGGUGGCCUAUCUGGAGGAGAGGCAAAAGAUGAGUUCUGCAAAGUGGUCGAUGCCUGCACCGACAUGCUACCAACGAAUAAACCUCGAUAUGUCAUGGGGGUGGGAUAUCAAGAAGAUCUGGUAGUAGCCGUUGCUUUAGGCGCUGAUAUGUUCGAUUGUGUUUUCCCGACUCGAACAGCCCGCUUUGGAAACGCUUUGACACCAUACGGAACGUUAGGCCUCCGCCGUGCCAAUUUCUCACGCGAUUUCGGGCCAAUAGAUGAAAAUUGCAAAUGUAAGACCUGUCGACCUAAAGAAGAGGGCGGGCUUGGUAUUACUCGAGCAUAUUUGCACCAUCUAGCAGCGAAGGAAACAGUCGGAGCACACUUUAUCACCAUGCAUAAUGUUCAUUAUCUUCUUGCAUUGAUGGAUUCGGCUAGACAAGCGAUUCUAGAGGAUAGAUAUCCUCAAUUUCUAAAGGAGUUCUUUGGGAACCUCUAUGGAGAGAAAUCAAAGAUACCCAAGUGGGCAGUCGUCGCCCUUCGUGGAGUUGGUGUAGAUUUACUUGGGUAG